CCAGGAAUAGCAGUCCGUCAUCUUCAGGCCGCAACAGCCCCGCUGUACAGGAGGAAAUACCAACUGACAUCCCUGGAGGACCCCCUAGUGGACCUCCUGCAGGUCCGCCGAGUCGACCCCCAACAGCUCCCUCUCGCCCUGACAAGCCCCCACCCCGCCCCGCAGCUGGUCCCGGUGCUGGUGGGGCAGCUCCAGGUGGGGCGGCGCCAGGUGGGGCAGAAGCUCUCAUUGUUCCAGAGCCUGGGGCAAGACUUCGGAGUUCACCAUCGCCAGAGAUGCCUCGCAAACAGCCUCCACAGAGGCCCGGAGCCCCACCUGCGAAGCCUCCACCUCCACAGCGCCCCCUUGGAGGGCCACCUAAAGGGGCACCUGCUAAUCAAGCACCUCCAGGUUCCCCAGGGAGACAUGUGGGGAAAGAGGCCCCCAAGAUCCGCCAGCCCCUCCGCCCCCCACCCUCAGCCAAGCUGAAGGCCAAGAAGGGAGGUCCCCGUGCGAUCUCCUCUAUUGGUCUUCCCACCAACGUAACACAUCACACACAUGCCAGCAGUAUGGAAGAGGCACAGAAAUUGAUAAGUAACCUGAUGGGAGGUAACCAAGGAAACGCGAAUGCUAAUUUACCAGCGCCCAUGAUGCCAAGCACCACUCCUGCACCUGUUGGAGACAUGUCUUCCUCCGCUUCAGCUUUGGCUGCACCUACCCCAAUCCCUAGAAGUCGGACUGCCCAGGACAUGGCAGGUACCGACACCUCCUCCAGUAGUUCCAGCAGCCAGGCACCUCCCAAGCCAAUGCCAAGGUUCCGCAGUAUGGAGAACUUGUUGUCGGACAAAUCCGGCGGUGAGGUCACUACAGCCCCUGUUGCCCGACCCAGGCCAACUCCCAGAAAAGAUGUUCAGAGUGCCGUCAUUUCUCCAGCCUCAGACCCAGAUGAUCCCUUCAUAGUGAAACCACCGCAGCGACCACUGAGUGCAGUAGGGAGGCCACUGCCUCCUGUACCUAAUGGUCCACCACCAACAUUUGGAUCUCAGUCAGAAGAAACAUCUAGUCAUAGCAGUGGUCCACCAGUGCAAAGUCAUAACAUAUUAGAUGCUCCUUUGUUAGGUGACACCAGCAGUGAGCCUGACCCCUUUGAUACAAGUGCAAUACCCAAGUUUCUCACUCAUGACCCACCUCCUAUCCCUGUCCGACCUCCAGAUGCAUCAACAAGACCCUCAACGGCUGAUCCUCCGUGUCCAGACGUCAGUCCACCACCAACUCCUCCAGCCCUCGACACAUGUCCGUCUUACCCUGUUGGAGGCCCAGAGAGAAGUAAACCCUUCCAGUCCUCCUCCCCAACACCCCAGGGAGACUGUCCCCAGGAAUCCCCACCAGCUCCACCCAGCUGCCCUAUGGAACCACCCCCACCUCCACCCAGACUGGAUUCAUUUCCACCAGAUGUUGCCCCCCAGGAUUUAGAUAUGUCCGAAAGCUCAAAUAUGCCCCCUUCUAUACCUCCACCCAAUCUUCCCCCUCCCCCUAUCCCUGUCCGCCCUGGCCCCCAGAUGUUGCCCCACCCCUAUGACUGGUCCUCCCCCUGUACCCAGUCGUCCAGCUACAGUACCCCCAGUCCCACCCAGACAGUAGGUGACAGCUGGGUGGGUGAACAAGCAGACUACACACUGGACAUGAAGGACCCACUUAAAGUAGAUUUUGGCAUGCCAGAUGCUAGUCACAGAUCACUCAUGUAUAGUAUAAGAAGAUAGGGUAUUUAUUUCAUCAAUAAGACCUGUAUUUGUGAAUCUAAAGUCAACAGUGUAAGAAUUUAGAAUGUUCUAAAACCAUUCAUUGUAAAUAGCAUGUGGUAUUUAUUUAACACAUUAAAUGGAUGGUGAUGAUUUUCUGUUUAGUGCAAAUGGAUGUUUGAGUAGAUGCAUCGCUGGUCUUGCCUGUGUGAUAAUUCCCCUUCCCCCAGCAUAAUACCACAUGUGUAAUAGAAGCUGUUACAAGUUGAUAGUGCCAGAUUUAUUAUAGAAACUUUGUAGAUAUUUUUAUGUACAGUCUUUUUAUACAGCCAUUAUUGGUUUAUAUUGUUAAUGUGGCAUUUUAAUGUAUGUACUUGUUUUUUACAUAUAUGCAAGUCUGAGUUAUCUUGUGAGGAAAUCAACAUGACAUAACAGUUAUACAAAGGACAAAGUAGGGUAAGGACUCUUAUUGGUCCCCUGGAUAGCUUCAAAUAUUAGUAUGAAUGUGGCUGACAGCAAACUGUUAUUCUUCUUUUAACUCUUGAAUUUGAGACUAGAUCAGGUAUGGCUAAUAUGGGCCCCAACUAUUUGAACAAGAGAAUUAUGAACAAGUCUGUGACCAAGAUGAUCCGAUGUAUCUGACAUUGCAUCCUCUUCAUCUAGACCUGAAGGGGCAGUGGGGUAGCCUAGUGGUUAAAGCGUUCACUUGUCAUGCCUGAAGACCCAGGUUCACUUCCCCACAUGGGUACAAUGUGUGAAGCCCAUUUCUGGUGUCCUCCACCUUGAUAUUGCUGGAAUAUUGCUAAAAGCGGCGUAAAACCUAACUCACUCACUCUAGACCUGAGAAAAGCAACCAGGGUCAAAGAAUUGCUGAUGUUCAAAUAUACAAGGGUAGUAAUUCAGCACCAAGCACUGUUUUUUUUUAUAAUAUGCGCUCUCUGAGCAUUCCAACAUCUACUGUUCCUGUUGUCAAGGUCAAUUCCCUCUAGCUCUCACUUAGCAGCUGGGUUAAUCUCAAAGGUUUUGGAAUCCUAUUUUGAAUUUUCUGAAUUGCAUUUUGAAUCAGGUGGUGCUAAAUUAAUGCUUAUGUGUAUAUUUGAAAUACACCCCUUGAAACCUUGAGAUAGGACAUUUAAUUCAUGUUAGCCUAAAUGUUACAUUUUCUGUAGUCCACAGGAAACAGACUAUAGUCCAAUUCUCAUUCACAUAACACACAUGGUUACUUUCAAAUAAUUUCUUAAAGUUUUGCUUCUAUCUCAACUAAUGUCAGUUCUGUUGUCCAAAGAAGGUCUUAUGAUACGUCCACAGGUAGAUGAAAUCAUACAAUCACAUUAUCUGUGCUGAGUGUGCUGUGAUGCUUAGUAUUUAAUAGCUCCUACUCAUUGCUAAUGCACGGUCUCCUCUCUUGCCAGUACUAUCAGCUUUGUCACCAGGACACACAUAUGGCACAGUAAACGAACAUGGUUACGGACGACAGCUAAAUUAAUUCCUGAUAAAGUUUACCAGAACACACAUUUACAUGGCUGGUACGGGCCUGCUUAUUUAACUAUGUUCUACAGUGUUCAGUGCUAUUCUGUGUGCAGCUUCUCACAGUUGACAAUCUGUGAUAUUCUUGUUUGUUUUCUGGAGUUAUUUGGUCCAUGUGAAUCUCAUCUGUGUGUAAUUAGAACCCCAUCCACACAAUACUGAAGGUUGUAUUGUGUUUGGAUGCAUUAGGAACAGCCAUGUCCAUCUCACAUUCCACAGAGUAAUGGACCACUUGCCCAUUACACGGCUAGCUAGUCUUCAUUUCAAACAAGUACUGGUAUGUGAAUUAAUUAAGCAAUUAAAGUGUUGAUGCAAAGAAAAAGCUUUAAUUCCCACCAUGUUCCUUUUUAAUGUAGAGUUGUUUCCCUUUUGUAUGCCAGAAUCCUACAAUAUUGAAUGUGGUGAACAUAUAUGACCUGCUUUAAUUUUGCUUAUAAUAACUCAGUCAUUGGAAAUGAACCUGUGAUGAAGUAUUCAGUCGUGUUAAAGCCCAAUUCACUCCCUCAAAUCAGACCUUUCCAACUCACUCUCAUAAUGACAAUGUUCCUUGUGUUGUGACCAACUGGGGCUAACCCAAUCAACUUUGGUGCUUUUCAUGUUUGGAUCUCCACCUAAAAUAUCAUGGAAUGGAUGUCCAUAUGGAGUUCUCCUGUGCCCCAUUAUCAAGUCUGGAUCUUUUUAGAGAUUUGUGGAGCCCCCAAUCAAGACUGGAUCUCUAUAUAUAGUCACCCCCUACUCUUCAUUGUCCAUCUGAAGCUUUACUGGAGGUGUCGACUGCAAGCAUAAUCAGUGGGGAUCAAUAACACUGGCAUACUCUCCCUCCAAACAGUUUUUAUGAAUGUAAUUCGCUUACUUUCUUGAUUUUCUGACCGAAGUAUUCCCACUCUAAUAUGCUUAUGUAAGUUUUC